AUGUCGAGUGGAGGCGGCGCCGUUGCUUCGCUGUGGACCGAAGUGAAUCGCUGUGGACAGAAUGGAGACUUCACUCGGGCCCUCAAAGCUGUCAACAAAAGUAGGAUUUUGCUCUUGUUCACAUGUUUGUAACUGUCAAGCUGAAUACAUGAUCUAUUGUUUGAGGGCUGACUAGUUUGCUAGCCAGCUGGCUAGCUACAGCUGUUAGCACUUAGCUAAAGCGUUAGCUAGCAGAAAUAUGCAGCUAUACGUUAAUCAAGCUAAUCACUAACUAGUUUCUGUUUAUAUUUGAGUAAUUGUACGAAAUGAUAAGUCGGAGUCUAGUGUAGAUUUAGUUGAGGACAGUAAUAUCACAUUUUGAUUAACAUUAAUCUUUCAAUUGUGGUAAACACAGUGACGUGUCCCAAUUAGCUAGCUAGCUACCGUUACUAGCUUAGCUAGUUAGCCACACUAUAUAGCAACAACCGUGCUAGACGCUUAAAGAUCUAUCCUACCGUAGGUAGCAGUCUUUUAUUCACCAGGGAACUGUGAUUCAUAGAUUUGCGCAAAAAUAUAGAUUUACACAAAAAUACAGAUUUGUACAAAAAUAUUGUUCCGUGUGCACUAUUACACACCACAAAUUGAGAUUUGAUUAAGUUAUAGCUAACUAGUUUGAUGGUGGUGACCUGAAGAAAAAUUAUACCUUUAAGUGUAAAUUGUAAUCACGAAGUGCGUUUCUUCCACAGUUUUGCAUGAAGUCAAGGAAGACGUGACAGCCCUUCACUGUAAAAUAGUUUGCCUGGUGCAGAAUGGCAGCUUCAAAGAGGCACUGAAUGUCAUGAACACUUAUUCAAAAGUACUUGGCAGGUAUGUUGAAUAUGACUGACUGGAUCAUAUUGUUACAUUUUGAUAAUCUUGUAGCAUUGCAAAGUCUAUAAAUACUUGACUUGGUCGGAGAAACUCCUGGUUGUACCCUUUUUCCAAUGUUGAACACUUUUUUUUUGUUCUUCCUCAGUGACCUUAUUGUGUUUGAAAAGGCCUACUGUGAGUACCGAUUGAACAGAGUUGAAAGUGCCCUGAAGACCAUUGAAAGUGUUUCGGAACAAACAGACAAGCUCAAGGAACUCUAUGGCCAAGUGGUAAGACUUUUUGAAAAUAAGAAAAUACAUGAGGUGUUGUUUCCGCUGCUUGUCUGUCUACCCUUUAGUGGAUAAUCCUGCCAGCCAAAGUGCCAAUGUACUGACCCCUGGCCUCUGGUCGUCACUAGUUACCACAGCCACAAAGUAAUAAUUAUGGCUAAACCUGGCCUAUUUCUACAAUGUUUCUUCGUAAAAUCUGAUUUUAACCCUAACCACACUGUUAACCUUGUGCCUAAUCCAUACCUUAAAUUAAGAUUUAAAAAAUUAUAAUAAUAAUGAAUUUUUGUUUAUGUGAAUUUUUACGAUAUAGACCAUUUUGACUUUGUGGCUGUGGUAAAUGGUGACAAACCUGGCCUCCCCUUUUGUUCUCACCUUAGCUGUACCGUAUGGAGCGCUAUGAUGAGUGCAAGGCUGUCUACACAGACCUGAUCAGGAACUCCCAGGAUGAAUACGAAGAGGAGAGGAAGACCAACCUGUCAGCUGUGGUGGCUGCUAUGAGCACAUGGGAGAAUGCUUCUCCGGUGGGUCUUCUGCACACAAUUAGAACCGACUUCUAUUGAUAAUGGUCCUCUGAGACACUUGGUUAUUGAAGCCCUGGCAUCCUUAAUCUUCCCAAAGUCUCUAUAUAACACUAAAUAAUAAAUCCACCCUCUUUUUUUCAGGAUGAUCUUGGCCUUUCUGAGACUACAUACGAGCUGAGCUACAACGCUGCCUGUACUCUAAUUGGUCGAGGCCAGCUCACGGAGGCUCAGAACAAACUACAGGAAGCAGAAGGUCAGGACCACAGACAUUGCAAUUCAUCCUGCUACAGACACGGUCUCAUUUCAUAAUGUUGCACUUAAGGUUUUUUCCAGCCCUUUCAUGGUUAAUGUUGAUCGUUUUUGUUUGUUGUUUUUUCAGAGCUUUGUCGGGUUUUCUUUUCAGAGGAUUCGGUGAGUGCUCUAUGCCUGUGAAAUAAAUACGAUAACAAUGUCAUGGCUGAGCGUACAUAUAGAAAUGUCACCGACUGUUUUUUCAAGUUCUGAAUCGUAUUUGGCUUGUCUGAUUUGUGCAGGAUAUAACUGAGGAGGACGUUGAGUCGGAGCUGGCCGUCAUCCACUCCCAGAUGGCCUACAUUAUGCAGUUACAGGGUCGGACAGAGGAGGCGCUGCAGCUCUAUAACCAAGUCAUCAAGCUCAAGUGAGUGUUCCUCCAAAGUGGAAGCAAUCGAGCCAUUACAUUCAAUUUUAGCUGAUGUGCAAUUGUAGGCACAGGAAGAGAGUAGUGGAAGAGUUGUCUCAUGAUUUUUUGUUGAAUCCUAGGCCGUCAGAUGUGGGACUUCUAGCUGUGACUGCUAACAACAUCAUUACAAUAAACAAGGUAGGUACAUGCUUGAACAUUCCCCGUACUGCUAGGAACUACUAAACAUUGAAACCGGCUUAGCUGACCGUGUUCUCUUAUUGUUGAAGCCAUGGUUUUGAUCCUGGGCCAAAGCUGUUGCUCAUAUAUUUUUUCUCCUGCAGGACCAAAACGUGUUUGACUCUAAGAAGAAGGUGAAACUGACAAAUGCCGACGGCGUCGAGUACAAGCUGGCCAAGAAGCAGCUGCAGGCCAUCGAAUUCAACAAAGCCCUGUUGGCUAUGUACACUAACCAGGUAUCGGAUUUGAAUACAUUCAUUGUUAAAAGGAUCUAUCUCCUCCACUCUUUAUUCACAGUUUUAUUUUGACAUGUAGUUAUACACACUCAUGGCACAAUCAGAACAAGUUAGACUGGAAAUCCAAACAGUCAUUGAUGACUUGCGUUACGUUAUACCCCACAGGCGGACCAGUGCAGAAAGCUGUCGUCAGGCCUCCAGUCCCAGAACCCAGGCCACCCGCGGCCCGUUCUGAUCCAGGUGGCUCAGCUGUGCAGAGAGAAGCAACACUCCAAGGCCAUAGAGUUGCUUCAGGUACUAUCUGUGGGCCAAAUCCUAACUUGAGAUGCAUGUAGAUGAUGUAUGAAUGUAAAUAGACAUUGAAAGUGCUUCCUUCUCCUGCAUGUGUAAUGCUAACUGUGUGAUUCUGUUUUAAAGCGUUUCUCAGACCAGCACCCAGAGAGUGCAUCUGGUAUCAAAUUGACGAUGGCACAACUCUAUUUGACUCAAGGUAAGGUUGUCUUUCCAAAUCCCCGUUUAUUUUAGUCACUGGGUAAUAACCACAAAAAUAGGCCUAUUGAAGAUAAAUGGGAUUAGAUUAGUGCUAAACAGUGCCUUUACUGAUGCCUGGUACUGUUAUCUUUUGAUUUGAUGAUCAAGUGACUCCUGUCUUGGCAGCAUUUCGUUCUGUUGUGUUUGUGCAUAUGUCAGGCUAUACAAGGUAACCUCAUAGUAAAUAAAUAAUUUAUCGGUGUCUUCUCCAAAGGUCACGUUACAAAAGCAUGUGACAUCUUGAGGUCGAUCGAAGAUUUCAAGCACAAACAGGGGAUGGUUAGUUUUUGCACUCUUCUAUUGUCCUAAAUCUAAUCAUAGAUUUAACAUUUUCUGAACAAACAUUUCAAGGAUCAUAAGACUAAGAAAUUUAAAUUCUUUCACAGAUCUCAGCUCUGGUAUCAAUGUAUAGCCACGAAGAGGACAUCGACAGCGCAAUUGAUGUCUUCAGCCAAGCUAUUCAGUACUACCAAUCAGAACAGGUAUUAUACCCCUUUCAGACAUAUGGAAUGUGGCGUCUUGAAAGCACCUCUGCUACGGAUUCUUUGUUUGUCUGAAAGGGUACACAAUGGCUUUUUAAAAGCCGCCACGAAACCUUCUCUGGAGAUAGUUUUGAAGUGCCACUGAACGGGCAUUUAAGUUGUCUGUAAAGGAAUGCCACUUCUGAAGUGGGACUAAUGUCCAUCACUAGGCAACCAGAACUGUCAAUCAAAUGACCUCGAGCUGCCUGCUGCCUGCACGCAGACCACUCGCUCCUAAGAAAGUACUUUGACGUUCGUUAAAUACAAUGACUUACCAAAGCAUUUAGUAGAAAGAAAACAGAUCUAUCUACCCAACAUAAAAAACAGCAGAAAAACAACACAUCAAUCAGCAACGUUUAUUGUUGUCAGGGAAACAAUACGGAACAUCCUAUGCAGGAGCAGAAUUCUACUGUCUGAAAAGUUAGACACUCCCUUUUUAAAAUGUCGGAAAGGUUAUCAAUUGUCGCUAUCAACCCGUUACUGUAGCGGCGUUCUAUGUAUGAAAAGGGUAUUAGUCAACAAGCACCUUUUUUAGAUUUAUGAUGAAGUCAAUGUAACUUAGAAAAUCCUGGACUCUGAGUGAGUGUUAGUAUAUGCUCCCAUAGCACUGCAUUGUCAACUAUUGUAUUCCUCCAUCCCAGCCUGGUUCCUCUGUUCACCUGGCACUCGUACGAGAGGCCGCCGAUUUCAAGCUGAAGUACGGACGGAAAAAGGAAGCCAUCAGUGACCUGGAACAACUGUGGAAGUGAGUGACGUUCUAACGAUUGUUCUGUUUCUGUUGUGCAGUGGUGAUGCUGGUGAAUGCGCUGCUUGGUCUACGUUUUGGUAUUCAAUGUAAUAACUGGUUUUCCCCCCCCGUUCCACAGGCAAAACACCAAUGACAUCCAUACUUUGGCACAACUAAUCUCUGCUUACUCUUUGGUGGAUCAAGAUAAAGCCAAGUCGUAUCCUUUCUUUGCUCUCUGUAUUUAAAACUGCACAUAAGUAUGAGUCUUUGAAUGAGUAUCUCUGAUUUGUGCAGUUUUUCAUUCAGUCAAGGUGAUGUUUACCAUUGUUAUCAUAAAGUGCAUAGAACUGCCUAGGAAAUUGAAAAGCAUAUGUUAUUAUGUCCUUAGCCCUUUGUCCCAGCCUCAGCAAGCACCUCCCCUCCCCUGAAAGCAUGUCGUUCAACGUGGACGUAGAUGAGCUGGAGAACUCUCACGGAGCCAACUCUGUCCGAAAGAAGGCCACUAAAUUAACGGGGGAGAACCUACCCAAAGAACAAGGGUGAGGCGACCUGAAGCUUUUGAAAACGCUUUGAAUUAAGCUGCAUACUACCUGUUCUAUACAUGCUAUAUACAUAGGCUUUCUCUCACUAUCAAUAUUCUCUCUCUCCACAGCCAGGGGGAUGUUAAGAAGAAGAAGAGGAAGAAGAAGAAGGGUAUGUCCUCAUUGCAAGUUGUGUUGUAUGUGAAUAUCUGCAUGCUUUGUGACACAAUUGUCUUAUCUGAUUAAAUAAAGUCAGCAUCUCUGAAUGGGAUGGGGAAUCACUUAUUUUCUCCCGCCUCUGUUUAGGCAAACUGCCCAAGAACUACGACCCCACGGCGAACCCUGACCCGGAGAGAUGGCUGCCCAUGAGAGAGCGCACCUACUACCGGGGCAGGAAGAAGGGCAAGAAGAAGGAACAAGUGGGUAAAGGGACGCAGGGCGCCACGUCAGGAGCUGCGUCCGACCUGUGAGUAUCUGUGUCUCUUAUUCUAAUAGUUGAACUCAGGAAAAAUCAAUGCGACCCUGUUUGAUUCCCGAUUUGUUGAUGUGGCACCUUUUUUUGCUUUAGUUAAACCCCCCUAAUGUUGAAAACAAACAUCAUUAUAUUGUCAUCCAGAGUCAUUUAUUAUUUUCCAAGCAAAGCACACAAUAUUUUACAUACAGCAGGUUUUUAAAGGACCGAUGAGUUUGGGCUGCUUCGUGUUUUGAUUUUGUCCAUGGAAAAAAUCGCAAUACUGGUAUCGUCACAGCCCUACAUAUUACCUGUACUGUUGCAUUUGGCCGGUAACACAUUAUUUAUUCUGCUGUGUUUCCAGGGAUGCCAGUAAGACGGCCAGCAGCCCCCCCACCUCCCCCCGGCCAGGGUCAGCCCAAGCUUCUGCCUCGGCCCCCGGUGCCAGCAACGUGGUCCCUCCACGACAGCAGAAGCCUGCUGCCACAGGGCCAGGGGCCCGCAAGAAGGCCCCUCAGAAGAAGAAGAAAGGAGGCAAGAGUGGC